AUGCUCUCGCAUGUUGGGCGGGUAGCGAGUAAACAGGUCUUUGCCCAUUACAUGGUCGGGACCGUCACUGAGGAGCAUGUCCAGCAAGAUAUCAACGAUGCCAUAGCUGCAGGCAUCACGGGUUUCGCUCUCAAUAUUGGCGACCCGUCGGAGUCGUUUGUGAGCGACACGCUCCAGUACAUGUUUAACUACGCCCCCACCGUCGGGUUCUAUCUGCACAUCAGCAUGGAUAUCUGGGCUUCGGGAGAUGCUGACGGAGGCCAUCCCGAGCUCUACAACGAUAUCCUACAGGGUUACGUUGCCAAAUCAGGCUACUACCAAGCAACUGCCGGAAUGCCUUUUAUCACGACGUUCAGUGACGGUGGACUCACUGCCGACGAAUGGGAUGCCUGGAAACUAAGUGCCCUAGCGAACAAGCUCUAUUUCUGUCCCGACUUCGACGGUACCGCAGGCUACAACACAAGUGCUACAGAAUGGUGGGACUACUGGGGGGACACUGUCGAUUGCGUUUUCAGUUGGGACGCGAGCUGGGAGGCUCGGCCGGGUUACUCUGGCUCUGAAGGUCCCGGAUCCAUAGAGAUUGACGAAGUCGUGAUCGCAGGCGCGAAAGCUCGGGGAAAGAACUACAUGAUGGGGCUGAGCGCUUUGCAGUACAAGAACGCGUACUCGACAAAUAUAUAUCGCCCCGGAGAGAUGACACUAAUUAAUCGGAUGGUGAACAUCCUGGGCAUGUCUACGCAGCCAGACUAUAUUGUCGUGAUUACAUGGAACGAUGGUCCAGAGAGCCACUAUGUUGGAAACAUCUGGCCAGAACAAAACACCGAUGCAGACCCUGCACGUUAUGUCAACUCGGACGCUGAGUGGUCUCACGCUGGCUGGCAACCCCUCAUUCACUCCUUCUCCGACGCGUACUUUGCGGGCGGGAGUGUGUCAUCUAUGACUACCCCACUCGGUUACGAUGGAACCGCUCUCGGUGCGAUCUGGUACAAGUCUGUCCUACAAACCUCCACGUGCUCGAGCGGCGACCACCCUGACGGCUGGACACUCGGCAAGGAUCAGAUCAACUGGGCGAUUGUCAUCAAGACUGGUACGGAUACUUCUAACUAUGUUCUGCGCAUCUUCAACGGCGCGAGUACGACGGAGAAGACGGGUCUGACCACGGGCCUCAACUACGGCUCGGUUACCGUCGUUGCCGGCACUCCUUACGCUGAACUGUACGACGGAGACACUCUCGUGUAUAUCGCCUCCGGAGGUCGCGCGGUAUCAUCUGGAUGUCCAGACGGUAUCUUCAACAUGAAUGACAUUGUUGUGGGUCUCGCUGCGGCCCCGGUGAUCGGCUGUUCAUCUCUACAGCAGGACGUACUGGUGAGAAUUUCCUUUGGACUGCGUCGCUGA